AUGAACGUUGUUCCUCUUGACGACCCAGCAUCGUCGGAUCUUUUGACGACUGAGUCAAAUCCGUUCGAUCGGCUUCCACAAGAGAUCCUCGCCGUCAUCUUGCGCCACGUGGCGCCAUCCGGCACGUCCUUUCAGCACGCGUUGGUGUGCAAGCGAUGGCAUUGCGCGGCGUGCCUCGCGCAGUCAUCAGUCCACGUGGCGAAAUCUCGAGCCAUCUCCUCCCCGCGCCUCCUCCUCGCCCUCUCCCGCUUUCCCCGCCUCACCCACCUACAUAUCGAUCGAGACGGAGUCGAUUUCUUAGACGACGGGUUCCUGACAAUUCUCGCUAAAGGUGCUUGUAACGGGUGUGACAAUUACGCGGACGAGGAGAAGGAAACGGAAUUGGAGGAGGAGGAAAGUCACGAAGAAGGAUCGGGAGCCAUUGGCGCCGGGCAGAGAUUAGGUCUGAACGGCACUGGCAGUACUAGAGUCAGCGGCAAUGGUGGUAUAGUGGACGGCACCCGCGGUGGACUGGGCGGCACUGGUGAUACAGUGGGCGGCGGCGAUCAUAAGCCACAUGGCAUCCGACACUCCUGUGGCAUUGGCUCGUCACUGGAGAGAAUGGCGAGAAUGACCAUCGACGGCACCCGCGCAGCAGAACAACAUGCUCUCGCGUCCCCGCUCCCACCGCCGCAUACCCAGCCUCGCACCUCCUCUCUCCGCUCUCUCUUCCUCGCGGAGGACCCGCGCUCCCCCCCGCGCAUCACAGCAGCAGGCCUGGACUCUCUCUUUCUCCACUGCCGCCUCUUACGCUCCCUCGCCCUGCACUGCGGCCGUGUAGUCACCACACUUCCCCCCUCUUUAGUCACACUGCCUGCACUCACAUCCCUAGAUAUUUCCAUGCCCUGCCUGGGCAGUCUUCUGGAAAAUUUCGGCUCCCUGACCGUCUUGAGGGUUCUUAGGCUGGAGAGCCCCAGUCUUAGCUCUCUGCCUGAAAGCCUCGGGCAGCUGAAAUUACUGGAAGAGCUCACUCUCCGGUCCCUGUCCGCCCGGAAUCUGCCCGAUUGGAUCGGGCAGCUUAGCAGCCUCACCUGCCUGAACAUCGAAAGUUGUUCUUUUCGGCACCUGCCCGAGUCUCUGGGCAGCCUUCGUUCCUUAACCUCGCUUCGCCUCUCGUCCCUUGAUUUCGACUCCUUGCCAGAAUCCAUCGGCCAGCUUUCCGCCUUGAAACAUUUCGUCCUGGAAAAAAUGCCCGUGACAAGUCUGCCCGAGUUUUUUGGGCACCUGGAAAACCUCUCUGUGCUCCAAUUGAACGACUGUGAUUCGCUCCUCUCCCUGCCUGACUCCCUCUUCACCCUGCCUUCCCUAUCCACCUUUCUCAUUGGCUGCUGGGCCCUCCCCGCACUACCAGACAAAAUCUCCCACUUGUCAGUUUUAGAACCUGAGCAGUCUACGGGUGCUGGAGUUGGGUCUGUGCAAGAGCCUGAGGAGUUUGCCAGACUCGAUAAUGGAAUUAGGUCGGUUGGAAAGAGUGGUGGUGCUCGGGUGCAGGAGACUGGAGAGUGUGCCGGAAGGGAUUGCAGAGAUGCCGAGCGUGCAAGAGGUGGUCUUUAG